AUGGAAAACGAAAUGGACCUUGAGCCAGUGGAUGAACGUGGCACCAAGCGGGCGGCAGACGAGAGUCAGAUUGAGGAGCCCCGCAAACCAAAGAAGAUCAAGGUGAGCAAACGCGUCCGGCUUUGGAUCCCGAUGUCGUCAACAAAAUUGCUGCUGGGGAGAUCAUCGUCGCUCCAAUGCAUGCGCUAA